AAUUUUGUCUCUUUUUCCUUUUCCUUUAUUCUUCAUUUGUGAUUUCUGAACUCUAUCUUCAUUUGCAGUUAUAUUCAGGACCAAAUCCCUGCCAAGAUGAAAGGAAUACAAGUCGCCCAAUAUGUCAAGAAGCUUGACGACCUCAAGGUGACCGAACUCCAGGACCCGGUCCCAGGGCCAGACCAGUACCUCAUCUCGGUCCACGCGGCAGCCACCAACUUCUUCGACAUCCUGCAGGUCCAGGGCAAGUACCAGCACCAGCCCCCCUUCCCCUGGGUGUCGGGCAUGGAGUUUGCAGGCAUCGUCUUGUCAACGCCCUCGGGGAACCCGAACCCCAAGUACCCCGUCGGCACGCGCGUGUUUGGCGCGAACCAGGGCGCCUACGCCACCAGGGUCUGCGCCGUCGAGGCCAGCCUGUUCCCACAGCCCAAGGGCUGGUCGUCUACCGACGCCGCGGGCUUGUUCGUCACGGCGCCCACGAGCUACGCCGCGCUGGUGGUCAGGGCGGGCGUCAAGGCGGGCGACUGGGUGCUGGUGCACGCCGCGGCUGGUGGUGUAGGCCUGGCGGCUGUGCAGGUCGCCAAGGCGUUCGGGGCGACGGUGAUCGCGACGGCCGGGACCAAGAGGAAGCUGGAGGUGGCCAAGCAAUUUGGGGCGGACCACGUCGUCGACUACCGCGACGAGAAGUGGCCGGAUGCGGUGAAGAAGCUCACCCCGGGGGGCAAGGGCGUGGACAUUGUGUAUGACCCCGUGGGCAUGGUAGACAAGAGCACCAAGUGCGUGGCCUGGAACGGGAGGAUACUGGUGGUGGGCUUUGCGGCCGGGUCGAUCGAGAAGCUGUCGCUGAACAAGGUGCUGCUGAAGAACAUCAGCAUCGUCGGCAUCCACUGGGGCAUGUAUGCCAAGAUGGAGACCAAGACCGAGAGGAGGGUCUGGCAGGAGAUCCUGGAGCUGGUCGAGGCGGGCAAGUUCAAGCCUACCGUCUUCACGGAGAAGGACUUUGUUGGGCUCGAGAGCAUUCCAGAUGCUCUCAAGGCGCUGGGGAGUAGGGAGACCUGGGGUAAGGUCGUCGUCAAGGUUCCUCAGGACGACCAGGCAAAAUUAUGA